UUAUUCAAGUGUCAUCUCUGUUGUAUCAGCAAAAACAGACAUGUCCUCUUUAUUAAAAGGCAAGUUACUCUUAAUCAAUCUUCUAAGGUACAUUAGUCUUUGUGUGCAUGUGCUCACAUGAGGUUCACAGCUGUUUCUAUCUUUUUUACAACUUGAAGCUUAGAUGAGAAAGGACGGAUGUUUUUAUGUUGGAUUGUGAAAGUGCCAUCUUCAGUAUACUGACUGUAAACUGUGCAUGUGAUUGUGGGACUCUUAUCGUUGCUCUGGAGCUGUAAAGUGUGUUUUCAGGGCUGAACUCUGCUCUUCCCUGUGUAGAAUUAUCACUGAAUAAAACUACUUUGGGAGAAGCUUUUAAUGGUUCCUCCUGUUUGAGAUAUUGUUUUGUUUGGAGACCUGACAGCUACUUCAGAGAAUUUGCCUGCAUGCUUUGCACGUUACAGGCUGCGGUGAUCAGCUGACCUGAACUCUCACACAUACGCGCAGCACUCAGAAGUUACAUUCAUCACUGAACUGACGGAGCGAAUUGUUUGCAUGUGAAUUCCCAAGUUUAGCUCUGAGAUUUUAUUUUUUUUGCUCGCCUGAAACAUCAGACUUAUAAAGCUUGCCAUUGUUUUUUAUUCAUAUUUUUUUGAACGUUGUAAAGUUUGAUGAUUUCCCAGUAUGCAUUGUGUUUAGCUACUUAUCUUUUUACAGAGUAAAAAAAAUGAGUCAUAGAUCAAAGGUGAUGUAGUUAAGGUGAAGCUCCAAUAAAUGAAUGAGGUAAGACUGUCUAUGGAGUGAAGAAUUCAUGCAAUAGGAGAAGAAUCCAUUGAGAAGCACAGCGUUUCAAUUUCAAAUAGGUCCUGCUUAAUACUGACCCACCAGACUUUUGGAGGGGUGCCAGUUUGUGAACGUAGCAAAUGCCCAGCAGCAUCUGCUGAUGAUGCAUUACCCCUCUGUCUCACAACCCCCCUUCACAGGAUGUGAAGUGGUAGAUGCCUGUUACAUGAUAUGAAGCAUGUUGAGCACAGGGAGCACGGUGAGUGUUUGGGAUACGGAACGCAAUCGCAGUGAGAAGGGAAAACACAAAGUCAGCUGGUAUUAGAUGUCAUAUACCUGCAACAGUCGAGGCUGUCAGCACCUGACCUGGAUCACACACUGUGUGCCGUUCAGGAUCCUCCCUGGAUUACUUUUUGUUUGAGGACAGAGGAGGACAACGUGUCCUCCCUGCUAGUGUGUUUAUGCCGCAGCUGCCUGCAGAUGUGCCUGUGCAGAGGAAGUUUGGACCUAAGGAGAGUACUUGUCAAGACUGCUCCAGAGGUCACCACCUCUUGAACUUUGAUAGCCAUCGGUUCUGCUCAUCAAGUCUUCAGAAGCCUCCUUUACAUCUCCCUCUUUGGCAUGAUUUGGACACAAUGUCGGAUUCUAGUUUGUGGACAGUUCUGUCCAACUUUAACAUGCCACAUUUCUUCAGUGGAGCUCGCCUGCGUCGGUCCCAAAGCUGCAGAACGAGCAACAGAAAAAGCCUGAUAGGAAGUGGCCAGUCUUCAGGUUUACCACGACCCCAUUCCCCUCUCUCAUCUCUCACAGGAACAAGCCCACAAGACAGUCCUAGAAACUUCUCUCCUAGUGCCUCUGCUCAUUUCUCGUUUGCACGAAGUCAUUGCCACAGAGCAGACAGGACUGAUGGUCGUCGCUGGUCACUGGCCUCCCUUCCCUCCUCUGGAUAUGGAACCAACACACCGAGCUCCACUGUCUCUUCAUCCUGUUCAUCACAGGAGAAGCUGCAUCAGCUGCCCUUCCAACCUACGCCUGAUGAACUGCACUUCCUCUCCAAACACUUCUGCACUGAGAGUAUCUCGGGGGAUGAAUGCCGCAGAGCGACGGCAAUGCGACCCCGGUCACGCAGUCUCAGCCCUGGAAGAUCUCCGUCCUGUUACGAUCACGAAAUUAUAAUGAUGAAUCACGUCUACAAGGAGCGGUUUCCUAAAGCCACAGCUCAGAUGGAGGAAAGGAUUCAGGAGAUCAUCCGCAGCAACUCUCCUGAGACCGUCCUCCCCUUGGCAGAUGGCGUGCUUGGCUUCGCCCAUCACCAGAUAAUUGAACUGGCCCGCGACUGCCUGGAAAAGAGUCGGCUGGGACUCAUCACCUCCAGCUACUUCUGCGAACUCACCGACAAGCUGGAGAGGCUUGUACAAGAGUCCACAGAGAGGUCAGAAAGCGAGGAGGUAAACUUCAUCAGAGAGCUGGUAAAGAAGAUCCUUAUAGUGAUAGCUCGACCUGCUCGGCUGCUGGAAUGUCUGGAGUUUGACCCAGAGGAAUUUUACCACCUUCUGGAAGCUGCUGAAGGACACGCUAAAGAAGGCCAGGGCAUCAAAACAGACAUCCCUCGUUACAUCAUCAGCCAGCUGGGACUCACACGAGAUCCUCUUGAAGAAAUCGCUCAGCUGACCAGCAGUGACAGCGGAAUUGCAGAAACUCCAGAAACAGAUGACUCUCGUUUAUCUCGCUCUCGUCCUCAGUCUCAGAGUUUCAGCACGGCCUUGCGGUCCCGGCGGAAACCCUGUGAGCUGGACUUUGAAAUGAUAAAACUCAUCAGCAAUGGUGCCUAUGGAGCUGUUUAUCUGGUGCGGCACAAGGAAACUAAGCAGAGGUUUGCCAUGAAAAAGAUCAACAAACAGAAUCUGAUGUUAAGGAAUCAGAUACAGCAGGCCUUUGUGGAGAGGGAUAUCCUCACCUUUGCUGAAAACCCUUUUGUUGUGUCCAUGUAUUGCUCCUUUGAAACACGGAGGCACCUGUGCAUGGUUAUGGAAUAUGUUGAAGGAGGAGACUGUGCCACCCUGCUGAAGAACAUGGGUCCCCUACCUGUGGACAUGGCUAGGAUGUACUUUGCAGAGACAGUACUGGCUUUGGAGUAUCUACACAACUAUGGCAUUGUUCACAGGGACCUCAAACCUGACAAUCUGCUGGUGACCUCAAUGGGGCACAUUAAGCUGACAGAUUUUGGUCUUUCCAAAGUCGGGCUGAUGAACAUGACCACCAACCUGUACGAGGGACACAUAGAGAAGGAUGCCAGGGAGUUCUCUGAUAAGCAGGUAUGCGGCACCCCAGAGUAUAUCGCUCCAGAGGUGAUCCUGAGACAAGGCUAUGGGAAGCCAGUGGACUGGUGGGCUAUGGGCAUCAUCCUGUAUGAGUUUCUUGUGGGCUGUGUGCCUUUUUUUGGAGACACACCGGAAGAGCUUUUUGGACAGGUCAUCAGUGAUGAGAUCAACUGGCCAGAUGGGGAUGAGGCUCCACCUCCUGACGCUCAGGAGCUCAUCACCUUGCUGCUGAGACAGAAUCCCCUGGAAAGGCUGGGCACAGGUGGAGCGGCCGAAGUGAAGCAGCAUCAGUUUUUUCACAACCUAGACUGGAACGGCCUGUUGAGACAGAAGGCUGAGUUCAUCCCUCAGCUGGAGUCCGAGGACGACACGAGUUACUUUGACACUCGCUCUGAGAGAUACCAUCAUCUGGAGACAGAGGAAGAGGACACAAAUGAUGAAGACUUCAAUGUGGACCUGCGGCAGUUUUCCUCUUGUUCUCACAGAUUCUCUAAGGUUUACAGCAGUCUGGAUUUGUCCCGUGGGCAUCUGGAGGAGAAGGGAGAGACUGAGGAGAAGAAGACCGAGAGCCCGCUGACUGUGGACUCUCUCAGCUGGACGCCAGACUUCGCUGAAGCACCCUCGCUGUCCCACUCGACAGACACAGACAGGAUGAAUCAGGGUCCUUGCCCCAGUUUGCUACCAAAGUUUGCCAUCUCAGCUGAAAGCGAAGGGGAUGAAACAUCAGGCAUCGGCGAUCCCAGCAAAGCCUCGUUCUCCAUCGGGGAGUUUCCCCAGGACGAGCCUGAAGCUGCCACUCCGGGCAGCACGCACAGCGGGGCCACGCUCUCUGGGAGUUUCUCAGAACAUUUGGACCAGCUGACACCCAGGGGAGAGGGUGUGGAGAGCCCUGACAGCACCAGUCACACCUCUGCUGACCACGUACCUCCGUCGACCUCUCUGCGACCUGAGAGUGCUGUAGAGAAGAGCGGAGCCGUGCCAAAAGUCCCAAAGUCUGUGUCAACUGGUGCCCUUUCCCUUAUGAUCCCUGGAGAUGUCUUUGGAGCAUCUCCGCUGGCCAGUCCCCUUUCUCCUUACUCCCUCUCCUCAGACCCUUCCUCAAGAGACUCCUCUCCGAGCCGAGACUCCUCCCUCUGUCCCUCCAACCCACGGCAGCCCGUCGUGAUCCACAGUUCUGGGAAGAAGUUUGGUUUCACGCUGAGGGCAAUCCGGGUGUACGCUUGUGACAGUGACAUCUACACAGUCUAUCACAUGGUCUGGAACGUAGAAGAUGGUGGGCCUGCACAUAAAGCAGGACUCAAAGCUGGAGACCUCAUUACUCAUGUGAACGGAGAACCGGUUCACGGUCUUGUCCAUACCGAAGUGGUGGAGCUCCUGCUCAAGAGUGGCAGCAAAGUGGCCAUCUCUACAACCCCCUUUGAAAAUACUUCAAUAAAAACUGGUCCUGCCAGAAGGAACAGCUACAGGAGCAAGAUGGUCCGAUGUGGCAAAAAGCCCAAGAAGGAGAAGACCCCAGAAAGGCGCCGCUCCCUUUUCAGACGCUUUGCCAUGCAGCCUUCUCCUCUUCUGCAUACGAGCCGCAGCUUUUCCUCCCUGAACCACUCGCUGUCAUCUGGUGAGAGUCUCCCCGGCUCCCCUACCCACAGUCUCUCCCCUCGUUCCCCUACUGCCGCCUUCCGCCCUGCACCAGAUUUCACCCAGUCAGGUGGCAACUCAUCCCAGAGCAGCUCUCCCAGCUCCAGUGCUCCCAACUCCCCUGCUGGCUCAGGCCACAUUCGGCCCAGCACCCUGCAUGGCCUCGGCCCCAAACUGCCAGGUCAGAGGCUUCGUCAGGGUCGACGCAAGUCUGCCGGUAGCAUUCCCCUCUCUCCACUGGCUCGCACGCCUUCACCUACCCCCCAGCCAACAUCUCCCCAGCGCUCACCCCCUCCCCUUCUCAGUGGACACUCUGUCGCCAUUUCCAAAACAACCCAGGCUUUUCCAGCCAAGAUUCAUUCCCCACCCACAAUUGUGAGACACAUUGUCCGCCCCAAGAGUGCUGAACCGCCUCGCUCACCUCUCCUAAAGCGUGUUCAGUCUGAAGAAAAGCUGUCUCCUUCUUACACAGGGGAAAAGAAACACCUGUGCCCAAGAAAACGCAGCUUAGAAGUGACCCAAGAAGAGGUGCAGGACGAGGACGUGAGGACAGUAGAGCGCGAUUUCACCGGCCUGCAGAGUGUGGAUGAAGCAGCCUGUGAGCCACUGACAAUCACUCGCUUACGGCCUGUCGAGCAGGGCUGCCUAAAAAGGCCAAUCAGCCGUAAGAUGGGCCGGCAGGAGUCUAUAGAAGAGCUCGACAAGGAAAAACUGAAGUCCAAGAUGGUUGUGAAACGACAGGAGUGGUCAGAGAGGAGGGAGUCUCUACAGAAGCAAGAUGCUCUGCAUGAGUCCGAUUCAUCGGCACCGUGUGCUUAUGAUGGGGACGAAGGCUUUCUGGUCCGAAGCCAAAACAAAGUGCAGAGCAGCCCGGAGUCUGGAACGCUGGAGGCUAAAGCUGCUAGUUCAACUCUUAAAGACGUUCUGUAUAAAAAGCUGAGCACACGUGUCAGUGAAGGCAUCACUGAGCCUUCUGGUGGCAGUGAAAGUGAUGGAGCGCUGCGAUCGGCUCUGUGUUCUGGUCACCCAGAAUGGCAGCACUCUCGACAGGGUAAAGACGGCAUGAAGCCAGACAGACUGGACUUCAAAGCUCCCAGUAUCGAGUUCACCAGGAAGAGGUUGUCAUUCGAAGAACGAGAAGACUGCAUGUGUCGGUUGACUUCGACCCUCCAUGAGAACCUCCACUUUGGUUCUACGAGAUCGAAGAGCCUUCAGCUGGACACGGCCAUGCCUCACGACCACAUGAAGACCGGACUGGGAAGUGUCCACUCGAGCCCUGAAGGUCUGGCCCCUAAGCUUUUCUCUGGCAGAGGAGAGAGCGCUGUGGAGAAACUCCAUCUUAUCUCUUCUGCAGAGUCUCCGCUUAGAAAAACAUCAUCUGAAUAUAAACUUGAAGGACGCCACGUCUCUUCUCUAAAGCCUCUUGAGGGCACCCUGGACAUUGGUCUGCUCUCUGGACCCAGAGUUUCUAAAACAGAAACUUGUUUGUCCAAGAUGGCAGAGAACACAAGUGACACAGUUUCUGUAAACCCACCAAUACGACUUCAGAGCCCUACUGAAAGGCAAAUAACCAUCCCCCAAACAAAAACCACAGACAAGAUGAAGAGCCCCCUAACUUGUUCUCUAAGCCCUGAAGCCGUUUGUUCUCUAAACAGCAUUGUUGUCUCCAAGGAGCAAUCAAAUAAUCCAGCAACAGAAAUGAAAGUCAAUGCAAGUGGUGAGAAAACACAGGAUAGACAAGGCGAGUCAUUGAAGGCCUCAAACAGCAAAGCAGAUCCCUCAACUUUUAGUGUUAAACAAGAAGGAAGGACCGGUAUGAAAGCCAGCCAUGAGCACAGAGGCCCUCGACACAGCUCCCACUUCUCCUCCUGUGGAAAAACACCCUCCAUACGGGAAGUGAGCAACGAAGAUCAGGAGGAUGAGGUGGAGCAGCAGGAAGAGAUACCAGACACUACAUCACAAAAUGCUGACAGCUCCAAGACAGCAGUCUCUUUGAUAGACUUAAAAACUUCCCCUCCAUUUACAACACUGGAGGCUCGAGCUGCUAGUAAACCUCUGACUGGGCCACUGAAGCAGAGUGCCGACUCAGUUUUGGAUACAGGUCAACUUCAGAGCUGUGAGAAGAGAAAAACUGCAGCACAGAGCUCAGACACAACCUCACAACCCGCUUCUGAGGCGAAUGUGCAGACCAACUCUGCAUCGGUACAUGUUCCAGCGAAUGUGCCAAACAUUUGUUCCUCAAAUACAGAACCAGGAGUUUCUGUCUCAGCAUCAGCAUUUGGAGCAUUACCUGACAGUAAAUCAGAGCACAGUGAAACAUCUGUCAGCUCAUCUGUGAAGCUGGUUGGAGAUGCAGGCAGCUCGGGCUCCAAGACGGAAAACAGUGCAAGUUCCACAGCUGCAAAAGUGGAGCAGAAGAAAGAAGUUUGUACAAUAAACAAGGCCACUUCACUGAAUAUUAUUACAGAUGCCACACUGAACAAAAAGCAUAACACUGUGUCUGCUGCUGCAGUACAGGACAGUGGCAUAUCGCUGCAGAAGAAAGACGUUAACAUAUCACCAAAGACGAAGAAUACAGCGGCUGUGAAAGAUUCAGAGCAGCCAUCACAGAUGUGUCCGACUGAAAAAGCACAACACAGAUCGUCCGAUGCACAACUUUGCACGUCUGUUGUCAGUGUUAAAGAAAACACUGUGGUCCCUUCAGCAAAGCUCAAAAGUUCAGGUUCGACAGCUACAAGUCAAACUGUUUCGAGUCCCAAAAGCAAGUCGAGGCUUGACCCACAGCCCACGCUGCCCACGUCUGUGAAGAGAGAGAAGGAAGCAAAAACACAAGAGAGCACAGCUCCUCCCAUCCCAGCUGUCAAAGGAAGUCCAAGUUCAAAAGAGAAGAAUUUGUCUAAGGAGUCUGCCCCCUCGACUUCACACGUUCAAACAACCCACGACGCUAAACGGAAAGAAGCCUCGUCGGUAUCCGCCGCUGAUGGCGCAAAGAGUGAAGACUCUGUGCAAGCAAAGCCCUUGCCCACUCAUGCUGACACGAGGCAACGAGAAAUACAGCCCAAAUGUUCUGCUGCUGUCAAAGACGUCCCAAACUCGAAGCUGAAAUCUCUCCCUCCUAAAACAUCAUCAGCUCUGAAGCCUGCUGCAGCUCCAGCAAUUAAACAAACUCUUGAUUCCAAACCUAAAGACACUUCACCUAAAAACCACCCCACAGUUAUUAAAGACCCCCGUGACCCCAAAACAAAAGAAUGCGCCCUGCCUCUCACUACAUCUCAGCAGCUGAGGAAGGAGCCUCUGCCGCCAUCAGACGUGUCCUCUCAGCCCGACCCACCAGCUGUGCUGCCUAAACUUCCAGCGAAAACAGAACCACCGAGCAGCGCAGACACCUCAGGCAAAGGCUUCAGUUGUGAGCCUGCAGUCAAGAUAUCCAAGGAUGCUCCAAAGUCUGAAGUGGUCAAACCGGACAGUCACAAGCCCCCGGACACCAGAACCACCACCCCAGACAAACCGGCGUCAUCUCUCCGGAAGGAGCAGGGUGAAAGAAAGAAAAAGGAAACCGCUCAAGAAGUCACGCCUGCACAGAAAAACACUAAGAGAGACACUUCCAGGGCUUCUCCAUCUGCAGCUAAAGACAGUUUAGACAGAGACACGAGCAGGUGCAAGCAGCUGAAGGAGUCACCGCGUAGCUCCAGUAACAAAAAGUAAAGAGGAAAGUGAUGAUUUCAAAAAUCAAAAGAAAAACGUGACUGCUUCAAAGAAUCCAGAUAAAGUAAAAAGUUGGGAUUGAUUUGUGCAAUCAUCAUCAUGCCUUCUUUUUUUGUUUAUUUGAGGACCAGGCAAGCUGUUACAAGCUGAUAGAGAGGGAAAGUCUGUGUGUGUGCGUAUGUGUGUGUGUGUUCAAUAAGAUUAUUCAUAACAACAUGUUGAUGUUUCUAGGUUUGAAUGUAGGCGAUCAUUUGCCGAUCCUUUCUGAAGUUUUACGUUCAUGUCAAUCGAAUGUUUGGAGGAUUUCUUUCUGUUCGUUGCAGAACACUUCGUGCAAUCAGUGGGUUUAAGGGGCAACGGGGAGGACACCUGUAAAGGCCGUGAUGUACUAGAGAGUCUGUGCCAUAAGCAGUUUUGAAUUGCACUCUUACUUCUAGACUCGGAGGAUCUGAAGUCUUUUAAUGCAGUAGACCACACAAUGUUGUCGAGCAGCUGUGUUGUUAACGUUCAGUAUGAUCAGAUUGUUUUAAUGUUGGGUUUCGUGCAGUGGUACACAAAAGAAACGCACUAUAUCUCGUGCUUUUCACCUAAAACCUGAAACAAAGUAACUAUAGGAUCACGAUAGGAUUCUAAAAAUCAUAAAUUAGUGAAGGGGCCUUAGAUAUAUGGGAAAUCAGACUUGCUUUUUUUUUUUUUUUUUUUUAAGCAAGAUGUGGUGUUUAUUCACAUUCCUCUGGCAUCUUGUACAUAUAUUUUUGAUUUUUAUGCAAUAUAGUGUAAAUAAGAUACCAUUGUAAAACAGGGAUACAUGGGCUUACAUGAUUGUCGUUUGUAUUAUAUGUAUAGAUUUUGCAGUGUCAUGUUUGUAUGCUAAGUAUUAAGAGUAUCAUGUUCUGCUUGUGUGGUCUAAAGUAAGCUACAGCAGUGUGUCUCAUCAAACGUUUCCUCUUCUGUGUGACUUUCAACAUGUUUUCACAUGUUCCAAAAUGAACUUGAAGAGAGGAGAGGGCAUGAGGGGCUAUUUCUAAAAACAGAAAAAAGAAAUGUAGCAUUAUAUAACAAAACUGUGAGGGCUGUCAGCGUUUCUCCAAGAAUGUCUUUGUUGAUGAUGUGUUCACUGGCUGAUUAAGCUCUGAAGAUUGUAAAAUACGGGACAUUGUGUUUGAGGAAGAUGAACCAGCAGUUCUGCAUAGUAAUCACAGCAGUAGAUUUCUAGAAGCCGUGGGCCUCAUCUCUGGGUUACGUCCACGCUAUCGUUAAGGUCACUUGUGCGAGUAAAACGUGAUCUGAAGCGGUUCAUGUUAAAGUGCUUCACUGUCAGGGUUUUGGUGUUUUGGAUGCUUCAUAAAGAAGCUCCACCCGGGCGAAGAUUUUAUGAUGGCUUUGCAUAACAUAGUUCAUGUCUGCUUGAAAGUUUGAGGUCACUUUGAGGUGGAUUUUUUUCUUUUCUGUUUUUAAACAAACGUUGAUGGCAUAUCUGAUCGUUACUGUCUGACCUUGUAUAAUUUUGUCUUGUUCAAACACUACCUGAUCGUGUUGGCAAACCUGAAAAAUUGUUUCACCAAUCUAAGAAGCAAUACUUGAGAAUGAUGUUUGGAGUAUAAAUGCUGUGGGUUUGAUUUGAGUCUAAAGAUUAAAAGAACUUUCCUGCGAAACAUGUCACAUUACUGUCGUUCUAAGAAAGUGCUGCACAGUUUGCUGUUACAGGUAUCAUUUAAUGAAGCUGUCAUCUGUUUCUCAAGUCCUUUCAUUCAGCUGUAAACACACUUCUUCUUUUUCGAUUGCCAUUAGAGCCACUUUGCGCUGUUCUGUGAUGAGUCGUACACACAGUUAGCAUGAAAUCUUGUGUUGCCUCAUAAAAUGGAUCAACAUCGAUUUCAGAGGAAAAUUUGUUAAUCAAACCUCCCCAUGCCGACGCUCCAGACAAUCAGCUCGCUGAAAGUAUUGCUCCUUUAACCAGCUGUUUAAAUUCGGUCGCUCUUUCAAAGUGAUAGUGAUCUGCUCUAAUUACGCAAUGUGCCAUAGCUUCCUAAAAUGUGUUUCUGUAUGCAUAUGCAAAUAUUCCCUUAGAUGAUUCAGUUGAUCACAAUGUCAUGUUUAACUGCUCCCAUCAACUCUAAGUGACCACAAACUUUUCAGCUAUGAAUGUGAAUUUCAUGUUAGCGUGCUAAUACCGUGGUACUACACAUAUAGGCUGUUGUAUAUCCGCAUACACUUGCUACCAUUUACACACUUUUCUAUAUGGUAGACGCCUUUAAAUUGCAAACCCUAAAUGAAAACCACAAAGUAGCCUAGGACACUAGUAUUAGCAUCAUUAGCUCUGUUGUGCAGGCUGUGUAAAACGAGAUCCACCGUGUUGACCGGAGGUCACGGUAUAAAUCUAAAUGUUCCACACAGUAUGUGUCUAAGAGUGAAAGUGAAAACCAAGAUUGACAGCAGAGAUUUUAAUGUUAAAAGAAUCUAAUGUUCAGCUGCAUUGGAUAUUGUAAAAGUAUUGCUAAUGUAUCGUGAGAUAGUAAUAAAUGCACCUUAAUCUUUACCAAUGUUAAGUUCAAAGGGUGAGUACAGCAGAGCGGUUUAUGAAUCCCUCACUUUAGUUUUUUUUUUUUUCUUUCAUUCCCCCAACACUCACGUUUUCCUUUCCUGUGACGACACACGUUUAAAUCUUUAAAGCACAUUCAGUGUUUGUUUACAAAGCGUCAUGGAUGUAUAUUUUGUAUAUUGUUGAUUUGCCAAAUCUGCGUCCUGUGUUACAGAUAAUGUUUCUAGUCGUGCGAGGUUUGCCUCCUUGCCACCAUGAUUUGUUUGUGCAGUAAUCGAUGUCUCUUCACGUCACGUUCUACUCUGUCUGCUCGUCUUUUCAGAUUUCCUUUUUUUUUCUCCUCUGUGCAAAACUAGUAUUAGAUGAACUUGCUUAUGUUGGUUUGUCUUUUAGAAUAUGUGCAAUAAAAGUGUUUUGAGUUUUGUAUUUUGCCCAAGGAAAGCUCUAUGGAUGUCAUACAUGUUGUAUAUUAAAACAGAUAUUUAUACUUCUAAUGUUGCGUAAUACUGAAAAUAAAAUGGAAUUAUGAGUUA